AGAAUUACUAAAACAGGACACAUUUAGUCACUCGUCGUUAGUUGCCGUCCAACUCCGUUAAAAAAGUGCGUUAUGUGCUGACGUGGCUAACGUGAGUGCCUAGUCAUCGCCGUUUUGGACCGGAAAUGGUCAAACCCGACCCGCCACGUAAUAAAACCAACCCAAUCCAUUAACCUAACCCGACCGAGAAAUAAACUCUAACCCACCUAACCAGACCAAAGCCCACUUAAAAAAAAUGAUCAGUUUCCAUUUGCAGACCCGAAAACCCUUCUCCUUCCUCGAGAGCUCUUCCCUUCGCCAUUUUUAAUCAAACUAUUCUGAGACCAGAGAGCAUGGAGAGAUUGUUCAAACCACCCGCCUCGUCUUUCCUCUUACCCUUAUUAUUCUCCUUAGGAGACUCGAGGGGAGCACCAGCAGGUGCAGGGGAUUCCAAAUUGACGGAGUCGGGGGAGUGAGAUGGGGGGAAGCCGGAAGAGAGGAAGAAGUUGGGGGUUUGGUGGGGGCAUAACGGUCAUUGUAAGAGGGCGGAGGAAAGGGUUGGUGCUGCUACUGAGGAGGCGGUGGGUAGCCAGAAGAGAGCAAGAAAUUAAGGGUUUGGUGCAUCGGAGGGUAGCCGGAAGAGAGGAGGAAAUUUGGAGCGGGUUGGUGAGGGGCAUAACGGUCUUUGUAAGACGGUGGCGGAGGAGGAAAGGGUUGCUGCUGCUGUUGGUGCGGUGGCGGUGGAUGAGGUUGUUGGAAGAGGAGUUGCUGGAGCUGGGAUCGGAUGAAGUCGAGCUUGGGGGAGAGGUCGACGCUGAGUUUGGAGUGGAGGUGGUGGACGACGGUGGUCAUGGAGGUGAGAGGGCCGGUGGCGGAGGAUUGGGACUGGGAAGGAGGGAGUGGAGAGUUUGGGAUAUCUCUCGCUCCGACAUUUUUUUUUAAGUGGGCUCUGGUCGGGUUAAUGGAUUGGGUUGGGUUUGUUACGUGGCGGGUUUAGUGACGUGGCGGGUCGGGUUUGACCAUUUACGACCCAAAACAGCGCUGAUUAGGCGCUCACGUUAGCCACGUCAGCACAUAACAGACUCUUUUAACGAAGUUGGACGACAACUAACGGCGAGUGACUAAAUGUGUCAUGUUUUAGUAAUUAUAGUGACCAAAUUUGAUAUUAACUUUUUCUAGUGACUAAACAUGUCCUAGUAAUCUCAGUGACCAAAUAUGUCUUUAACCGAAUGAUAUGUCUAGAUUGUACACCUUGUAUUAACAGUUAAUCACGAUAAUGAGUAAUGGCCAACGUUUGAUUAUAAAGAAAAAAUGAAUUAACUUGGUCUAU